UAGUUGCCCUCCGGUGCAUCGAAACUCCCGCACAGGUUUACCGUUGAUUUGAAGCGUCUUCUUUUACUUCUUUCGUGCAGCGUCUAGAUUAAUGUGAAACCAUUUUAAAAUCAAGGACUUUGAGGUAUUCAGUUACUCAAUUUUCGUUAGUAACUGCACAAAAUGAGCCGCCACAAGUUUAUUGUUAUGUUAACACUGCAACAGUUGUCGAAUUGUUGAAAGUGCAUUCAGUGUGCAUUUGUAGCAAAAGGAGAAAAAGGAAACGUAAAAGUUUGUUAUAAUGAAAAUGAUGAUCAAAUUAGGAACCAUUCAUACAAAAGAUGUCUUUUUGUUAACCACUGUGUUUGCUAUGUGUGUGUUCUUGUCAUUGAAUAUGAUAAACAAGAUCAACAACGAAAGGCGGCGUUCAACGAACUUGCUGAAAAAACCCUCGCAUGCAAAUGAGGUUCAAUUACAGUUGACAUCAAUGGGGCCAAUUAUUACAAGUAAGGAAAGGUUUCGCAUUCUCUGGUACAACCCACCUGGAUAUUUAACAGUUAGUCAUAAGGAUGCGUUGCAUUGUGGGUUUGAACAAUGCAAAUACAACAACUGUGAUAUGACUCUAAAUACAUCAGAUGCAGAUAUCAGUCAGGCUGUCAUUUUUGAUGGUCGUAAAAUGCCAAGGAAUGUUAGCUUCACACGUCCAAAUGGUCAGAUAUGGAUUUUUGCAGCUCACGAAUCUCCUAUUUCAUACGGCGACACAGGGACAUGGUGGUAUAGAAAUAAAGACUACUCCUUUCAACUGGGACGAUGA